AUGGCCGCGGCGCCAGGGGGCUCUGCGCCGCCCGCCGGCCCCGGCCCGCGCCUGGGCUUCAGCACCGCGGACAGCGGCGCGGGCGCGCGGAGCCCGGCUCCCGCCGUGCCCAUGAAGGACCACGACGCCAUCAAGCUGUUCGUGGGGCAGAUCCCCCGCGGCCUGGACGAGCAGGACCUGAAGCCGCUGUUCGAGGAGUUCGGCCGCAUCUACGAGCUCACGGUGCUCAAGGACCGGCUCACCGGCCUCCACAAAGGCUGUGCCUUCCUCACCUACUGCGCCCGGGACUCUGCUCUCAAGGCCCAGAGCGCACUGCACGAGCAGAAGACCCUGCCAGGGAUGAACCGUCCGAUCCAGGUGAAGCCCGCUGCCAGUGAAGGCCGAGGAGAGGACCGAAAGCUGUUCGUGGGGAUGCUGGGCAAGCAGCAGGGCGAGGAGGACGUCAGGCGCCUGUUCCAGCCCUUCGGCCACAUCGAAGAGUGCACCGUCCUGCGGAGCCCGGACGGCACCAGUAAAGGCUGUGCCUUCGUGAAGUUCGGGAGCCAAGGGGAAGCACAGGCGGCCAUCCAGGGCCUGCACGGCAGCCGGACCAUGGCGGGUGCCUCUUCCAGCCUGGUAGUGAAGCUGGCGGACACGGACCGCGAGCGCGCGCUGCGGCGUAUGCAGCAGAUGGCCGGGCAGCUGGGCGCCCUGCACGCCGCACCCCUGCCGCUCGGGGCCUGCGGCGCCUACACCACGGCGAUCCUGCAGCACCAGGCGGCCCUGCUGGCGGCGGCCCAGGGCCCGGGCCUAGGCCCGGUGGCCGCGGUGGCGGCCCAGAUGCAGCACGUGGCAGCCUUCAGCCUGGUGGCCGCGCCGCUGCUGCCCGCGGCAGCCGCCAGCUCGCCGCCGGGCGGUGGUCCUGGCCCGCUCGCUGGUCUUCCAGCGCCCAUUGGGGUCAAUGGGUUCGGCCCCCUAAGCCCCGCGACGAACGGGCAGCCAGGCUCGGAUGCUCUCUACAGUAACGGACUCUCCCCUUACCCAGCAGCCUAUCCGUCGUCCUACGCCGCGGUGAGCACGGCCCUGCAGCAGCCUGCAGCCCUGCCCCAGCAGCAAAGAGAAGGCCCCGAAGGCUGUAACCUCUUCAUCUAUCACCUGCCUCAGGAGUUUGGUGACGCAGAGCUCAUCCAGACCUUCCUGCCCUUCGGAGCCGUCGUCUCUGCCAAAGUGUUUGUGGACCGAGCCACCAACCAGAGCAAGUGCUUCGGGUUCGUGAGUUUUGACAACCCGGCCAGCGCCCAGACCGCCAUCCAGGCCAUGAACGGCUUUCAGAUCGGCAUGAAGAGGCUCAAGGUGCAGCUGAAGAGGCCCAAGGACGCCAGCCGGCCUUACUGACCUCGCUGCCCCGCCAGAGAGACAGAAACGAAGAGUGAGAGGAAAGAAAGGAAACGCACGCCAAUGCAGGAGCCGCCCUUCCUGGACGAGCAGCUGUGGGCAGAAGCGGAUCGACUGAGGCUGGGGCCCCGCCCAGGCCCGUUUCCGUCCGUGGGUUGCUGUGCACAGGGUGUAGCGGCCAGGCUGUCCCGGCACCGGGGCCGGCAGCAGACUGACUGGGGGCCAGCAGAGGCCGUGGGGGUGCCAAGGGCUUCUCUGCGAGGGAAGUCCAGACUUAAUUCUCUCAAAACCAUAUCAUUCC